GGGGAGAUAUCCAGCCUGAGAGGAGGAGAGAAGGGAAGAGGAGGAGAAGGCAAGAAGGCAGGAAGCAAGAUUCGGGAUCCAGGCAAUGAAGAGAAGGAGUGGGGAUGUGAUGCAUGCUGCUGUGCGGGUCAUGUCUGCCAGUGCCUCUUGUUUGGGACUGCUGGGGAUCUGGUUCUUUCUUCUGAUUUUCUUGCUCCUGGAGGCAGCUGAUGCUUCAUGCUGUAACCAGGCAAAGGAUAAUUUAAUGUGUCGUGAUGUAUGUGAACAGAUAUUAUCUUCAAAAAGUGAGUCUCGCAUAAAACACCUGUUGCUGAGAGCACCGGAUUACUGCCCGACUUCAAUGAUUGAUGUUUGGACGUGUAUUAAUUCAUCACUGCCAGGUGUUUCCAAGAAGUCAGAAGGCUGGGUAGGCCUUGGAUGUUGUGAACUAGCAAUAGCUGUGGAGUGUCGGAGAGCUUGCAAGCAGGCAUCCUCACAAAAUGAUAUUUCAAAAUCCUGCAGGAAACAAUAUGAGACUGCCCUUAUUAGCUGCAUUAACAGAAACGAAAUGGGAUCAGUGUGCUGUAGUUAUGCAGGACGCCACACAAACUGCCGGGAGUACUGUCAAGCCAUCUUUCGGACAGAUUCAUCACCAGGUCCAUCCCAAAUUAAAGCAGUUGAAAAUUUCUGCGCUUCCAUCAGUCCUCCAUUAGUUCAGUGUGUAAACAACUACACCCAAUCAUAUCCAAUGAGGAACCCUGUGGACAGUUUGUACUGCUGUGAUAGAGCUGAGGAUCCACAAUGCCAGUCAGCUUGCAAAAGAAUACUUAUGUCUAAGAAAACAGAGCCUGAGAUUGUUGAUAGCCUAAGUGAAGGCUGCACCAAACCUCUACCCCAGGAUCCCCUUUGGCAGUGCUUCCUGGAAAGCUCAAGAACAGUUCAUUCUGGAGUCAACAUUGUUCCUCCACCUUCAGCAGGUCUUGAUGGUGCUGAGCUGCAUUGCUGUUCAAAAGCAAACUCCUCAAAUUGUAGGGAUUUGUGCACUAAAUUAUACAGUACAAGCUGGGGAAAUACACAAGUUUGGCAAGAAUUUGAAUUUGCUUGUGAAUAUAACCCUCUGGAAGCACCAAUGUUAACAUGCUUAGCUGAUGUAAGAGAACCAUGUCAACUGGGCUGCCGAAAUCUCACAUUCUGCACAAACUUUAACAACAGACCAACAGAGUUAUUCCGCAGCUGCAAUGUUCAAUCAGACCAGGGUGCUAUGAAUGACAUGAAACUAUGGGAGAAAGGCAGCAUUAAAAUGCCCUUCAUGAAUAUUCCUGUACUAGAUAUUAAAAAAUGUCACCCAGAAAUGUGGAAGGCAAUAGCUUGCUCACUGCAGAUUAAACCUUGUCAUAGUAAAUCUAGAGGAAGCAUCAUCUGCAAAACAGAUUGUGUUGAAAUACUCACAAAGUGCGGUGAUCAUAGUAGAUUUCCUGAGAGUCACACGGCAGAAAGUAUUUGUGAGCUUCUUUCUCCUUCUGAUGAAAAUGAGGACUGUAUCCCGCUUGACACUUAUCUUAGAUCAAGCCCACUGGAUAAUGCCAUAGAGGAAGUUACUCAUCCAUGUAAUCCAAAUCCUUGUCCAGCAAAUCAUUUAUGUGAGGUGAACAGGAAGGGGUGCCUCCCAGGAGAACCCUGCCUUCCAUAUUUCUGUAGUCAAGGAUGCAAGUUAGGAGAGACUUCUGAUUUUCUUGUGCGCCAUGGUGUGCUAAUUCAAAUGCCAUCAGGGUCCGUUGGCUGUUACAAAAUUUGCACCUGUGGACAAAGUGGAACUCUGGAAAACUGUUUGGACAUGCAGUGUGUUGAUCUUCAUAAAUCAUGUCUUGUUGGUGGACAGCGAAAAAAUCACGGGGAGUCGUUUAAAGUAGAUUGUAACAUCUGUUCAUGUGUUGCUGGCACACUGAGGUGUUCAAAUCAUCAGUGCCCCCAUUCAGAAGAAGAUCGUAGGAUGUUUACAGGUCUACCCUGUAACUGUGAAGAUCAGUUUGUUCCUGUAUGUGGGCAGAAUGGACGUACAUACCCAAGUGCAUGUAUAGCACGAUGUGUUGGGUUAUUGGAUCACCAGUUUGAAUUUGGGCUCUGUUCUUCCAAAGAUGUGUGCAAUCCAAACCCAUGUUCCAGAAAUGAAAGAUGUAUUCCAAAGCGAAAAGUUUGCUUAACCAGCUAUGAGAAAUUUGGGUGUGCCCAGUAUGAAUGUAUCCCAAGGCAUCUUAAAUGUGAACAUUCCCGGGACCCAAUGUGUGACACUGAAAAUGUGGAGCACAUAAACCUUUGCACAUUAUAUCAAAGAGGAAGACUGCUGUCAUAUAAAGGAUCAUGCCAACCUUUUUGCAAAUCUGCAGAACCAGUUUGUGGGCACAAUGGAGAGACGUACCCUAAUGUUUGCAGUGCAUAUUCUGAUCGUGUUGCUGUGGAUUAUUAUGGACACUGCCAGGACGUUGGCAUCUUCUCAGACCAAGGUCUUCAUAAUGAAUGCUUGUCUAUUCAGUGCCCUGCAAUUCCUGUCACAGUUUGUAAACCCAUCAUACCACCUGGAGCAUGUUGUCCAUUGUGUGCUGGAGUCCUAAGAAUUUUGUUUGACAAGGAAAAACUGGAUACUUUUGCAACGGCAACAAAGAACACACCAAUAACUGUUAUGGACAUCCUACAGAAAAUUAGACAACAUGUCUCUGUACCUCAGUGUGAUGUAUUUGGGUACUUAAGUAUGGAAUCUGAUAUCAUUAUCCUUAUUGUUCCUGUUGAUAGCCCCCCAAAAUCAAUACAGAUUGAUGCAUGCAAUAAGGAGGCUGAGAAAAUUAAUUCUCUUAUUAAUUCAGACAGUCCAACACUGGUAUCCCAGGUGCCACUAUCAGCACUUAUAACCUCAGAAGUUCAGAUAUCAACAACAUUAAAUUCUGAUUGUAACAGAAUAUGUUUAAGUAUUCAUUAUAUUUAUUUAUAUCUUGGUAUAGCUUUGUUGUAUGUAACAUUGAAUGCUUAAGCUACAUAUUUUACACAAUUGCUUUUAAGAAGAGAGAAUUAUUUCUGUAAUAAGUAAUGUACAAAAUAUGCAAAACACAAAAAAUGCAAUGAAUUUUGUAUCUGUCAAACAGUCAGAGGGAUCAUUAUUUCUAUGAAACCAAAUCGCUUAUUUUUUUUUUUAUAAAUAGGUUAAGCAGAUACAUUUAAGCUAAAUGCUGUGUAUAUACAAUUAUAAUAUGUAAAUGUAAUUUUUAAAUAUAUCAACUGUGAAGUAUUAUUUGGAUGUUAACAAGGUUUUAUAUUGUUGCUAAAUUAUAAAGGCUGUAAUGUAAAGAGAUACUAUUUUUAAACUUCCCCCCACCCCAGUAAA